AUGGCGCAACCACAGCAACAGCAACCACCAUACCCUAUGCCUCAGAGGCCUUUCUCUCCCCCGCAGCCAGUUAAUUCACCUUCAACGCAAACUCAACAACAGUUCGCGUUUCCACCCCACAAGCGACAAAGAAUGUCUCCCAAUCCGCCUUCUCAACCAGGUUCGCCAUAUGUCACAUCGCCAUAUGCUGCUUCUGGUCAGAAUUCAGCUUCGCCUUCGCCGCAUUUCUCGACUGUGCAAAUCCCUCAGGGUGCUUAUACCACGCCAUAUUCGAAUGGAUCGAAUGCGCAACCAUCUCCGUUGAAUCUACCCCAAACUCCGAUGGCUCUUCCACCUCAUGCGCAACCAAGCCCAUUGAGCUUCCCAAAUCAAGUUCAGCAUCAUCAUCAAGGAAAUAUGGCGUCAGCUCAUUUCAACAACUUCAAUUUGCAGAUGCCACAACAGCACCAUCCUGGCGGAGUUAUGGGCCCACCUUCGAGACCGGUCGAUAAAAAUAAGGUUGAUGGUUUGGAUCCAUUGGAUGUUUUGGGGGGAACUGGUGUUGAUCUUGCAGAGGAGGAACAAUACACAUUUCAGCAGUAUUCAUCAUCAUUCAAUGCUCAAGGCUCGAAGUCACACCCAGGAAAUAUUUCGGCAGGUCACAGUUUUACCCAAUUUCCACCAGGGAACGAGGGAUCUUUUUACGGCUCAGGUCCAGCUAAUCAGCCAGGAGAGGCACCAAAUGCUAAGUCACAAGAGGAUUUUGAAAAGAAAGCUGCGGACAAAGCAUGGCAUGAUGCGGCUCGCGAUUUGGCAGUAUCAAGGCAAAGAGAAUUAAAUAAUCCGUUUUUAAAUGUUGGCCACGUUCACAAAAGAAUGGAGAAGAUUGCACAUGAUAAUGGUCUCGGUUUGAAUACAGAUUUAAAUGGAAAAAUGGGAACCAUGAAACUACCUGAACAUUUCCCUGACACGACUGUCAAAGUGCAGACUGCAGUGGGACCAGAUGGAGCUAUCACUGCAACGACAGGAGCCUUCAUUCCAUCUGAUUCUUUACUUGUUGAUCAGCUUGCGCUUAUGUCUAUCUCUACCAAGCAUCGACUUCGUGGAUUAUUAGAGGACGGAUUAAAGUUAGCUAUCGGUCGACAGACAAGUUCUCAUGCCCAAAUCAGGGAUGAAUGGACAGAUGUUGCUGUACCAGCGAUAAAACCUAGUGUUGCUACUAUUGUCAAUGAAGGUGGUCCACGGAGUGGAUGGGAGAGUGCUGUCAGCCCUCUCUCCAACCCUCUCAAACGCCCUCUCUCAGCUGCAGGUAGAUUGCCUACCCCAGUAUCAGAUAGUGCGAAGGCCCAAACUAAGUCUUUUGCGAAUGAUGUUGCAUUGACACUUCGGAAGUGUGCUACUAAGGAGCAAGAAGCUGAAGAGGCUAGACUACGAAGACGUAAGGCUCGUGAGUCUGGUGAUGGAUCUCGCGCUGGUUCAAUAAAUCCGGGCACCCCAGGUUCUAUGGCUCCAGAUGUUCUUGACAAGCCACCUACCAAGAAAGAAAUGAAGAAGAAAGCAGAGGCCAAAACCAGCGAGGCAGCAAGUCACGCAGCAGCCAAUGUAACCACUACACAAUUUUUGGGUGGUGGAAAAAGUAUGUUCGGAAAGAAGAAACAAUAUAGUUGGAUGACUGCUGGAGGAUCCAGUAGUGGUACAAGUACGCCAGGUAAAAUCAUGACCCAAGGUCUUGGCUCUUCUGGUGCAAGCCCAGUUGCGAAUCCGGGACCCGAAAAAUUGACUACCGAUGGAGUGCGAAGGUUAGGCACUUGGCGAGAAGAUGGUGGUAAGGGACGGAAUAUCCAGCUCCGAGAUUGGAUCAUGGUUCUCGAGGAUGAUGGUAGGGAGAAGAAGGCACUACAAAAAGCAUACGCUCAAGUGGAUGAUGAUCGGAAUGCGUAA